CCUGCACAUUUUACCAUCCAAAAACAAUAUUACGCUAUAUUAAAUUGACACUGGUUGAGCUCUAGGACCAAGCCGAAAGCAACCGUUUGUGUUGAAGCCUGUUUCCCAUUAGAACAUAUUGUAAAGAUACCCCCCCCCCCACUUCUAAAGUGAAAAUUACGUCCUUGAUAUCCGCGCAUGCGUGCGUGUGUGUGUGUGUGUGUGUGUGUGUGUGUGUGCGUGUGCGUGUGCGUGUGUGUGUGUGUGUGUGUGUGUGUGUGUGUGUGUGUGUGUGUGUGUGUGUGUGUGUGUGUGUGUUACAUUUUAACCCUGUCCUGCUUCACUCAAGCAGAUUGUGGUCAUGAAAGGUAACUGGAUGAGACUGAGGUGGCAUGUCCACUCAUCAUAACCCAGGUGGAUCCUCAUUCCAGAGCGCCAUUGUUAAAAACAAUCAGCACAUCUCAGUUCUGUGAGAAGCUGAUAGCUCCCAUUAAGGUUUGUUGUUAAUUUUUUGUCACAUUUAAAGCAGCUCUUAAUAGGUUUUUGGCGUCUCCCCCCUACUGGUUAAAAACAGAAUUACAACCGUCCCUGCUGCAGCCCGCUUUAUCAAUGAGCCAACGGAUGUUAAAUACAUCGCCCAGCCAAAGAAAACGCCACCACCUGAAUUUAACUAAGCAAACAGGUAGGAGCCUCCAACUGGAUAAGUACUGCAUGGGCAAUUAUCUUUCAGCUGCAACAAGUCAUUUAACUCCAACUGGUGCAAUGAGUGGCUUCUCAUUAAACUACCAGGUGGAAAGACACGUCUGGUGGUCGUGGAAAAGAUGUUAGUCUGUUUGAGAAGGGUCAGAUCACUGGCAUGCGUCAUGAACAGGAAACGUCUAAGGAGAUGCAGAAACGACUAAAACUGGGUUAAGAGCUGUCCAACGCAUUAUUAAAACUGGUCUGAUGAGUCCAGAUGGAGCCUGUUCCAGAGCGUUAGGUGCAUCAGGGUAAGAAGAGGGGCAGAUGAAGGGAAGCACCCAUCAUGCCUAGUGUCUACAAGCCUGUGGGGGCAGUGUUAUGAUCUGGGCUUGCUGCAGGUGGUCAGGUCUAGGUUCAGCAACAGGAUGUGCUCCAAGAAUGAGGUCAGCUGACUACCUGAACAUCCUGAAUGACCAGGUUAUUCCAUCUUCCCUGAUGACACGGGCAUAUUCCAAGAUGACAAUGCCCGGAUUCAUCGAGUUCAAAUAGUGAAAGAGUGGUUCAGGGAGCACGAGACAUUAUUUUACACAUGGAUUGGCCACCACAGAGUCCAGAUCUUAAUGCCAUUGAGAAUCUUGGGCUGGAGAAGGCUUUGUGCAGCGGUCAGACUCUACCAUUGUCAGUGCAAGAUCUUGGUGAAGCAUUAAUGCAACACUGGAUGGAAAUCAAUCUGGUGACCUUGCAGAAGCUCAUCGAAACAACUCCACAGUGAAUGUGUGUCGUACUUGAACCUAAAGGUGGUCCAACAAAAUAUUAGUGCGUGACCUUUUUUAUUGGCCGGGCAGCGUUUAAUCCAGGGCUCCCCAUUUAUCCUCAGAUUUACCUCUCACCUGGCUGUUGAGACAGGGUCACCUUAUUCAUCCAUCCAUCCGCCCAUCACCCCACCCUGCCCUGUUUUCCCUCUCCUUUGUUUGCUCCCACAAGCUGCAAACGCGGGAGUGAGCCGAGGACAUGAGAUGAACUAAAUUCAACUCAUUGAGUGUGUCGGUGUCAGGCGUGUGCACUGGCCAUCCGGUUGGGAGCAUUUUACUUUUUUCUGCUUUCUGCUCAGCAUCAACACAAACUCUGGAUCUUCGGAGUGCAAACUCAUCAGAUGACCUGCUGGUUUUGCAGCUUCACACCUGCAGUCGAAGCAGAGUGAGAGCUGAUUAAGAACUCUCUAGUAGAGCGUGAAGCUUGUUCUGUGUUAGCGCCUCUGGUGGUCAUUGUUCCUCUUAAAUUAGCCUUGACGUAUUAUUUGGGAAAUAUUUUCAGUUUUGCAACUUAAAAAAAACUUUUGCAGUUAUACUUUUCAGUCUGUGAUGGAUUGAUGGAAUUUGAUUCAAUCAGCUCAGAAAAACUGGAAACGGCUUAAGAAUCCCACUUAGUGGGAACAAUUGCCUCACUUUUCUUUUUAUCAUGUGUCAUAAAAACAGUUUUUAUUCUUGCAGGGAUCAUUAAGAUUCUCCUGAUCUCUGCUGAUUAGUUCAGUUCCUCCUGUAAAAGUGGUUAAAACAGUUUCUGGUUUCAGUGAAAUCAACCUUCGUGAUGCUAUCAGCUGUUUUAAAGACAUGUUGAAACACUCCUGCAGUAGUGUUUGGUUUAGGGCUGAACUAAGCAGAGUUAUUAUUGUUUCCACCUGGCUCUUAAACCCGAUGUAAAUGCAACACUAACACUCCAUUGUGCACUUCCUCAGAAAAUAUUAAAAUAAAGAAAUAUAUUAUUUUAGACGGAAAACGUUGCCUUUUAUGUGAACAUUUGUGAACGUCACAUUUCACAUAACUCAGAUGAUGAAUAAAAACCCUAUGACAAAAAGGAAUAAAUAAAACAAAAUGAUAAAAUGUUAGAUUUGAUCACAAAGAAAUAAUGAAAGUAUUUCACCCUCAGUUAGUGCUUUAAAGUGACGUGUGUUUCUUCCCUGGCGAUAGGGGGCAGUAUAUACCUAAAUCCUAGCAAGAAAGUGAUAGUUUUACCAACGAAUGGCCAUUAGGGUCAAAAAUCCCUGCAAGCACAAUUUUCGAACAAGUACUUUGUCAGAUCGUUCAACCUCCAGCUAAAUGACACAUAACACGCCAGACUCCCCUUCAUCACUGGCAACGAGUGAAGAGAUAAACGUGUAAAACAACGUUUAUGAAUGGCGAAAUUUUUUUAACGGCUUGUUAUAAAUCUAUGCAUUUUGUCCUCAUGGGCUCCUGUAGAAUGAAACGUGCUGUCUAAUAUGGCGUCGCCCAAAGACUUAAGGUGUUUUUCAAUGCCAAGGAACCUCACUUUGAUGUCUUUGCCCCGCCUCGGUUGCCUAGGAGAUAUGUCAUCAGGAGCCGCCAAGACGUGUUCCAAUGUUCAUGUUCUACCGAGGCGUGUGUUCGUUUGUUAGCCGUUUAGCUAGGAUACACAGGAGGUGACUUGUAGCCUAGUCUUGGUCAAAAAUUACCCAGAAUACACUGCGGUAUUUUCAAAAGGAUGGUGGAUCAGAAGCCAGCAGCUAGAUCUGGGGCAAAUUUCAAGUUUAAAAGCAAGUCAACGAAUUUCAAAUGUUUUUUAGAUCCAAAGAAGUUAUCUAUGGUUGGUUAGUAGCUUAGUAGUUGCAGCUUCGGGGGCUAGUGGGUAGUAGCUCCCUUAUAUAUUUAUUUUAACAAAUAUAUACACAAUUUAAAAAGUAAAAGGCUUGUUAUAUAUUUAUAUUGAAAGUAAUUCAUAUAAAAUAUAACAUUAUCUCCCGUGUCACGUGACGUUACGUGACUGCCGUGGAAGCAGCGGUCACGUGAUGCAAGUCUGUUCCAUUUAAUCGUUUUCUUUGACCAAGGAAGGACAGUGUCCUCGUAAGCAAGGCGCCUUGACAUUGAGAAACGCCCUUAGACCUCUGCCGAUGUAUUUCAGACCCGAUUUUUAUGGUUACAUGUUGCAAAGUCAACAAUAUUUUCCAACAACUGGGCAUCAUUUAUUUCAUUUUCAACAAUAUUUCGAUGGAUGUUUCCUGAGAUUAAUGGUAAAAUCUACACAUUGUCUCUUUAAUUUAUGGUAAUCUAGUGAAUCUAAAGCAGUCUGAUAUUACUGUGGUUAGAGUGAUCCAUAAGGAACCACGAUUAUGUGUUUUCUUGAAAUUUUCUGCACAUACCAAUGGCAACAAAUAAAUGAAAGUUUGGAAAAAAGAAAUGAAGAAUUGAAUUGCCUCUGGAAAUGAUGACGUUCUGUUGGUGUUCUGGAGGUUUUGUUGGCUUGUGAGGAUUCCCCAGAUUUGUUGGUAACACUGAGAAAGCUAACAGCAUUCACAAUAAAAAUCCUCAUGCUAUGUAUGCUAGCAUGAGGACACUCAGCUCAGCGAGUGUGUGUGUGUGUGUGUGUGUGUGUGUGUGUGUGUGUGUGUGUGUGUGUGUGUGUGUGUGUGUGUGUGUGUGUGUGUGUGUGAUCACAAGCAAGUGUUAUUAAAUUUUCCAGAGGUGUCAGACUCAAGUCAUUAUUUUAAUGACUUCUGACUUGACUUGAUCAAAUCUAUAAAGACUUACGACUUGACUCAGACAUGAACACCAAUGACUUGCGACUUGAAUCGACUUGCAUCUGUUGACUUGAUGAUGACUUGAGCAUAUUUGAUAUUUUAGCACAAAAGUGGCAUGACAUGGACAAAAAUCAUGACUCAUUCUUGGUUCUGGGUUUGAUCUUGUUCCGUCUACAUGCAGCAGCACUUUGUUUAUCAUCAGUUUCAGUUGCACUUCCUGCUUGUUUGAGUAAAUAAAUGAAGCUUUAAGAAACUUUAUUCCUGGAAUUUAUUUAUUAUCAUCGUCAUUAAACUGAAGUUGGACAGGUGACUCGAUUAUGACUUGAAAAUUGAACGUUAAGGACUUGGACUCGACUUGGACUUGGUUGUCUUUGACUUGGACUUAAUUCAAGACUUGACUGGAAAGACUUGUGACUUAUUGUGACUUGAAAAGCAGCGACUUGGUCACACCUCUGCCAUUUUCUGCCGCCAUCCGAUUGUGUGACUCUAAGGCGGAGCCUGAAGAAAGGGGUCGGGCCUAUGAAUAGUUAUUUUUUUUAUGUAGCUUGCGCAAACGGCUUUUUCCAGGAACGAAUAAUUUACCUUUUAAUCUAGAUCAUUUAGAAUUGGGAAAUGGCAUAUAUUUGUAUAUUUGUUUAAGAGUAAACUAAAAGUAAAAAUGUGCUUGUUGGAGACCUGGGCAGAUGUAAAUCAGCAGAGGACAAUUGCACAUUAUUGUGAACGUGUCUAAGACUUUUGACAUUUGACCUUUAAUUAAGUGUUUGUAGGACGUCUGAUUGUUCUUCCAUGGGCUGUUUGACCUGCUAACAACUCCAGCCGCCUGCUGCAGAAGAUUUAAAACUGUCACACUCACACCAACAAGGCUGGAAAACAACUGCAGUUCAAAGCUUAGACAGGCUAGAAGAUGCUAUUCAGUCUGGAUGUGAGACGUAAAUAAUGCACAACUCUGAAUCUAAACUUAAAUUCCUCCUUUGUGAUGGAGUUUGAGUCGGCUCAUGCAGAGGAAUUGUGCUGAAUGAAAGCCUUGUGGAGCACCCCCCAGUGCCCUCUGCCCUUUCCUCCAGGACCAGAUGGUGUCUCAUUAGGCCCUUUUAGGAAUGUUAAUAUUGGGAUGCUGUGGUGAGGCCAGAACCCCCACCUCCACCAACACUGGCACAAGUAAAGGGGUAUUUAUUUGAAGACACGGGCCACGUCGUCACAGUGAAACAAAGCUCUUAUCUCAUGCUCAUAAUCCAGCAUGGCUCGUAGAAAACCGAGUUUCAGAAAUGAAUAUGGAUUAGACAGAAAGUUGGCACCAACACCAAAGACGCUGAGGUGAGAGGAAAACAGAUGUCAGGUGUGGAGGAGGUGAAGAGAUGGACAGGUUAAGCUCGUGGCUGAGUUAAUCCUGUGGUUGGCACGACUCCUGGAUCUAAAGCUGCUCUCCUGAGUGCCUGAGCUUCCCUCACACCAUCGGGUGCCUGAACCAACACCAUCACUUCAGGUUCACCAGGCUGACCCUGAAAGCUGGAGUGGAAACUUCCUCAACAAAGCCCAGCUAGGCCCCAGUGCCAGGAGGCUCUUGUGGAGGCCAGCUGUAGCCCCCUGCUGGAUCAUUUCAAUUGGAGUAAACAUCCAUUCAAUAGGUGAUGGGAUAGGAGUUUUCCUCCAAAUGUCUCCUGAACUCAAACACAUUGUUUAUUUGCACAAAAUCGUCACUAUUUUAAAGAGGCUACUUUUGUACUUGUAUUUCCCGUUCUGUGCAGCUUGUCAGGAAACGCUAGCAGGCAGACAGAAACUCGCCCCAGACAGCACUGUUACCGAUGAUAAUAAUGCAUUGAACUUAUAUAGCGCUUUUCUAGACACCCAAAGAUGCAUUUCACACACUCUCACAUUCACACACUGCCAGUGAUGGUGAGCUACUUGUAGCCACAGCCGCCCUGGGGAGGUCUGACAGAGGCGAGGCUGCCAUUUGGCGCCGUCGGCCCCUCUGACCACCACUAACACAGGCAAGUUGGGUGAAGUGUCUUGCCCAAGGACACAACAGCAGGAUACCCCUGGCGGGAGCUGGAAUCGAACCCAUGACCCUCCUAUCAUGAGGCAACCCGCUCUACCACCUGAGCCACUGCUGCCCCGAUGAUGAGCUGCAGCUAUGUGUAAGUCCAGCCAGACCUCUGAUGGCGACGGGGCUACGGGAGGACAGACAGGAAGAGAAAGCAAGAGACGUGACGGAUUGGCAGAAAGAAAAGAGAAGAGGAGACGUGAUGAAGUGGUUUACCUCCAUAGCCACGUUGGACGGACACAUACUGCUGAAGACCUGUUAUCAAUUAUUAUGGGAUAGGUUCAGAUUUAGAUUCUUGUUCCUUUAUGGAUCCCAAAACUCAUUAGGAUGAAGGAGGCGUAACCCAGGACUGGUUGGCUGGUGUGCGCCCAGCCCCACGCGUGUCCCUCUUUAUUGUAGAAAGUGGGGGGUUGUUGCUGACUGAAACCAAACUUUGACAGGCGUUUUGCUUGAAAGACGAGAGGCAGGAGGAAGGGGAGGGUGUGUCGUCAUUUAACAAUGUGAGCAAAACAGUCCAGAGGAGAGCAGAGAGGGGGAGCAGAAUUACGGAUAAGGCAGCUGGGAUGGGCAGCUUGGUCUGGGAGCUGAUCUCAUUGUGCACUUGUCUCUGAAGUCACUCAGACACUCAGCAUCUGCGGUCGCUAAACAAAGUCAAACCACCGCGGGGCUUGUAGUUACUUUCCGCUAUCCUCAGAGGUCAAGGCAUCUGGAUCUUCUCUGAAUCCCAAGAACAUUUACAGGCUCGGAGCGUGAGGGGCCUGCUCCGAUUUAGUUCCUUAUUUGGGUUUGGCAUCAGCUAUGGCACCGGUGUAGGCAUGGUUGUCUACAUGAGGAAGAGCAUCCACUCUCUGCUGUCUGUCUUCAAGAAGAAGGCUGGCCCAAAGGGGAAUGAGGACCAGAAGAGGUUGACGGUUCACUACACCGCCUCACAAUACUACCAGGAGAAUGUGUUCAUCGAAGGCAGCAGGUCUCAGUACCUGGAAGACCUCCACACCGAAGCUCAGGAGGGACUCAAGAUACUUCAGCAGGAAGAACACAGGAAUGGAGUCAACUUUGCUGACCAUGAAAGCAUCGAUUCUACAGAUGCUCUCUAUCCGGAGCAGGAAAUCAGCUCCAAGGACAGAGGAAGCUCUCCGGAGUCAAGAUCCACCAUCGGGAAUGCUGAUACCACAGUAAACUCUGUUGAGUUAACUCAGCCUGCGUCUACCCGCCAAGGCUCUACUUUCAAACCUCUGAAUCCAGUGAAAACGACAGACAGAAGCAGGAAGAGGAACAGAAGGACCACCAUCAUGGGUAUUCCCAACCAGGUCCAGAAAGAACUUGCUCUACACAGAAGCUCCACCUUUCAGCCACUUGUGUCGAAUCAACUCCCCGAUCAUGACAAGCCUGACAGUGAGAGCCAAUCAAGUGCUGUUGUCAUCCCAACAGUUGAUGGAGGAACUCCAGCAGCCAACAAAGAGGGAGCAAGAGUGCAUCUUUCAGAACUGGAGCAGACAUUCAGAGACGAAGUGAUCACGAGUGAGCAUCUCUGUCCCACAUUCACCCUGAGACCCAAGUCGCUUGCAGUGCCUGGCAUGACCACUUGCUUUUCUUUGUCUCCCUCAACUUUUAAUUUCCUCCAGGAGCAUCAGGGCCCGGUGAUGUCCAUCUCUCCUCAGGCUACUUACUUGUCUACGAUAAUCCCAAAUGCUGUUUUGCCAGCCUCGGUUGAAGUAAUUGAGAUUGACCGCAGCAUCAGUCGGACGCAAGGUGGUAGUGUCAGUCAUGGUAGCAGUGCUCGUACUGUUAGCAAAAGCAGCCUUACGUCUGGGGACUCGGCAGUCAGUCCUUUGCUGUCCAGAAGAUCAGAUGGUGACAGUUCCCAGACUAACAGCACCAACUCUGAAACCACCCAAUUAUCCAAAUCUGCCUCAGGGUCAAACUGGAGUGAUUCCCAGUCCUCAAAGACAAUUAUGUCAGACUCCUUGUCUGUAUCCUCAAAUAAAGUUGUGCAAGAAAGCCGGACAGAGCAGUCUAAGUACCAAGAUCUUGCUAGUCCCCAAAGUUCAGUGAGUGUGAUUACCAGCCCCAGCAAUACAGGCGAAAACUCUACAGAAUCAAGAUCUGAAAGUGGUGCAACAGAGUCAACGGCUGUUAGGGAACAAGCAAAGAACAAACAUAACUUCUCUCACAGUCUGUCAGUUAUGAAGACCAAGCAACCCCCAGCACCUCCAAGAAGAACCAACUCUCUGCAUGGUAAUAAGAUAAGAAGCACCUCAAAGACUUUUGUGGAUAUCAGAAACUCUGCUUCAGAAGAAGAGAAAUGCUUCUCAGAACAGGCUUUAGGGGGAGAUGACACAAAGCUGACUGUUACAGAUAUCAGCACAGUACCAACACCGGUGUCAAACUUGAUUGGGUCCAGCUCUGCAGGCUCUUCUUCCUCACCGUUGACCCCCAAAGAGAUCUCUUCUAACCUAAAUGGAGAAGCAAUAGAGGUCAGUACCUACCCUUCACAGAAAAAUGCCCUGGAAGGGGAAACAUUUGAACGGACAAUGUCCCCCUCCAGCGGCUACUCAAGUCAGAGUGGCACUCCAACGUUUUCCCCUAAAGUUAUCCCUCAGACCUCCCCACACAAGCAGAAAAAACUCGUCAAACCAGAAAGAUCAGCAUCUCGGGCUUCAUCCUCAGCAGCAUCCCCUUCUUCUUCACUUACCUCUUUAUCAUCUGGUACAUCUGAGCUUGCUAAUGCCGAUUCUUCCACAUGUAGCACAGGUCUGCCUCCACGGGGAUCUUCACCACUUGUUUUGACAAAAGAACUCAUUCUUAACAACAAUCCCUCAAAUAUUAGGGUUGAAUUCCAAGAACUCUUUAAUAUCCCUCCACCUCCUAAAGUCAAGGCACCAUGUCCACCACCUCCAGAGGCAUGGGCUCACAGCAAACGUACUGUUGAGCUUCUGUGUGGACCAUGCUAUGUAACAAAUAAACUACCCCAGAAACCUGCCCAGAUUCAGGACAGAGUGGAUGAACACACGGAAGUCCAAACUGAACCCCAAAAAGAGAUGCAAGUUCAAGGUGAAACCCAGACAGCCAAAUCUGUCCAGGAAGUGUCUGAAAAUAACACAAAGUCUGCAGCAUGGCUGGAGAUUGAUUCUGAUGGCAGUGACAUGGAGCAGACACUUGGAGAAUGUCCGGACACAAAGCAAGUUCAAGAAAAAGAAAAGGCAGAAUCUCAGAGUGAGGAGACUUCUGUCUCAGUAACAGAAACAGCAAUUCAAGAGACCACUCCAAAGAAAGAUCCCCCUCCUAUCAUGAAAAAGCCCACAAGGGUAGUAUUUAGCGAGGAAAUUGAGCGCCUGUUAGAUACACAAAAAAGGGAAACAGGUAGCAGUUCUGUAAUAGAGGUUCAUCUGUCUGAGGAGAACAGUGAAACCUCUUCACAUGACGCUGUUAUGAUUGUAGUUGACAUGAGUGAGAAUGAGAUAGAGAAGUGUGAGGUCCAAUCCAUGCACACACUUUCUAUAGAGACCCCCAAAAUUAGUAAGAUCUCACCACCACCUACGCCUCCACCAACCUAUCACCCUACACCCCCCAUAAUGAGGAAGACGCCUUCUUCUUCAAAGUUACAACCACCAAAGGAAUCCCACGAGGAUCAGGAGUCGGCCAACGUAGAGGACCCCUGCUGGCCUCCUCCUCCUCCUCCUCCACUGGAAGGGGAUUCCGCCUUUGAUGGUGGUGAUGAGGUAGAUUUUCCUCCACCUCCUCCGCCCUCAUUAACGGACAGUUUAAUGAAUGUGACAGACCCAAACCCAGCUGAGUCCCAGUCAACUGUGAUUGACAACAACCUGCAGGUUGAAAUGCAAGUUUCAAAACUUGACAUUGCUCUUGAAGAUUCUUCUCAAUUGGUGCAGAAUAUUUCAUGCACUGCUUACAGUGUUUCACUUCCAGAAGAGGACAUGUCUUCUGUAUCACCUGCUACCAGAGCUGAGAGUCCAGUGUCAGUCACAGCCGUGGUUCUCCACAGCAGUUUCCCGAUGCAAAACUCUCUAAAAACCAAAGAUCAAUCUCCCUUUGCUCAAGUAAGUGACCAAAAUUCAGCUCCAAACUCCGUGUCGACAGCACCCGAUCCACCAACAGAGAAUUCAACCCAUGGGGGUAACUUCAGAAGGCAACCCAGUGGAGCUCAUAAAGACACCCGGAGCAAGGAGCUUCUUUCCCGACACAAAAGUCCACCUGUUCCUAAAGAGGAUGCCAACAUACCACUGGUCACCCCCUCAUUGCUUCAGAUGGUUCGCCUCAGAUCAGUCAGCAUGACUGAAGAUCAGGUGAAUGUGACAUCUGAAGACAAGUCCACAAAUGUGGGAGCUCCAGCUCAAGAGAACUAUACUGACUCACCUAAUGAACUCCAAAAUAUUCCUCAAAAGCCCAUCCGCAAGUCUUUGUCACUGAAAUCUUCCCCUCCAACUCUAAAAAUGUCUACUGUGACAAUGACUCCUCCUUCAACACGCCUACAGGAGGCCAUACGAAUGAAAACUGCAGCCAUGUCAUCAAGAGAUGGUCUUCCCCCCAGAAAGGGUAUGAGAUUACCCAUUUAUAGUUACGCUGGUGAACCAGGACCUCAGCCUCUGAAGUUACCUGAAGGCUAUGACAUGAACAAAUCGCCAGCCUCUACUGCUAGCUUUAUCUUCUCCAGGAGCACAAAAAAGGUAGUCAUGGAGACCGUGGCUGCCUCUUCCUUAGAAGCUCAGGCAAGUCUGAAACAAAGCUUGGCAGCCGAACUAAGGCAGGCUUCUGACCAAUCAAAGCCUGGGACUGUCUCAACCAGUGGGGUGAAGUGUGACAAAGUCCCUCCACCAGUAGCUAAGAAACCAAGCAGCUUGAAUCCCUCACAAAAUUCUCACAGCCUUUCAGUAAAUCCGGAGCUUGGUGCUGAAGGAAAUGGCGCUAUUGGAGGAGUUCAACGCAUGAGUGGAGUUGCACCGCCUGAAACAACAACACGAGUGACAGCAGAAACGAUAGAGACGUUGUUCUGAUGGACAUCUGUGCUCAGAGAACCAGGAGGAGCAAAUCCAAGACAACUCGCACACAUGGGCGUCAAACUCAUCCUUCUCCAAAAGCCUUAGCCUCAAACGGCCCUCCAUGUUUAUGCAAAAACGUGUCCCUCUCAUUUUGUUAUGAAAGCUUUACUCUGGAGUAUUUUUCUAAAGUACAGUUUCAUCUCCUGUGAAAUCCCCUCAGCGAUAAACCGAGCAUUUACUUUGCUUGUGUGAGAGCGCCUCCUGCAGGUUGGUUUUGGUAUCUUCAGGGAGAAUGAAGAGGAUGACUUCAUUUUGACUCCACCCUAGCAACACACGUUGUAAUCAUGCAUUUUAAUUCUCACAGGGGAUUAGAAGAGUUUAGACCGCUUUUCCACUGUGUGUAAAAAAAUUCAGAAAAAGGGAUACAACAGAAAUUUGUCUGGGAAAUUUUUAUUUUGUAAAGCCACCUUUGAUAAAUUCUUGCUGGAGUAUCUUAAACCUGCUAAAAUGUCACGUGAAUAGUUCCUUCA